AUGGCGACCACCGACAAGGCCCCACCCAAAACCUGCCACUUUCUCAAACUGCCAACCGAGCUUCGCCUAAACAUCUACGAAGAUGUCAUAUUCGACUUCGACAUCCCACAGAGCAACUGUCCAACAUACGCCGACACAACCACCCAAUACCUUCUCCCCGUCCUCAACACCUGCACACAGAUCCGCACAGAAGCCGCGAAAGCAUAUCAUGCUCGCAUGCAGCAGAUCCUCGAUGGUGCGCUGUCAGACCUGACCGACGCGGUUGAGGAGUACGAGGAAACGGGUGCCGCUCAUCACGCGUCCAGUGUGUAUCGCUUUCAGCUUAUAGACAUGGCACGCGAGAAGGAGAGAAAGCCAAGGGCACAUUAUAAGAUGGUGACGUUGGUGGUUUGUGGGGAGAUGUGUAUGGCGAGGAGUGAUAUGGAUGGGGAAGGGACAAGUGUGCUGAAGGGAGAGGGGGCAAAGGAUGUGUUUGGGGAUUGUUAUGUGGUCUCGGGGAUCAGGCAGACGUACGGCGGAGAUGCUGGGGGCAAGACUUAG